GCUGUCAUCGCGAGACUUUCCGCCAGCCUCUCGCCUGCGUCCCGCUGGUAACCUGCCGUGUGCGUUGACGAGUGAGCCACCGGUCGUCAUGGGCAACAUCUUUGGAAACCUGUUGAAGAGCCUGAUAGGCAAAAAAGAGAUGAGGAUCCUCAUGGUGGGGCUUGACGCUGCUGGGAAAACCACCAUUCUUUACAAGCUGAAGCUGGGCGAGAUUGUCACUACCAUCCCCACAAUUGGUUUCAAUGUUGAGACGGUGGAGUACAAGAACAUCAGCUUCACUGUGUGGGAUGUGGGCGGCCAGGACAAAAUCCGUCCUUUGUGGAGACACUACUUCCAAAACACUCAGGGUUUGAUUUUUGUGGUGGACAGCAACGACCGUGAACGUGUGAACGAAGCCCGAGAGGAACUCAUGAGGAUGCUGGCUGAAGACGAGCUGCGGGAUGCCGUUCUUCUCGUCUUUGCCAACAAGCAGGACCUGCCCAACGCCAUGAACGCAGCUGAGAUCACCGACAAACUGGGCCUGCACUCCCUGCGCCACCGCCACUGGUACAUUCAGGCCACCUGCGCCACCAGCGGUGACGGCCUCUAUGAGGGCUUGGACUGGCUGGCCAAUCAGCUGAAGAACAAAAAGUGAAGGGCGGGGCUUAGAGAGCGGGGAAAAGUCUGGUUGCCAGCUCCAAGUAUGUGGAUUCGUUCAUGGAGAGGCGGUGCUGAAAAGCUUCUUGCAGGUGACUCAACAUCCCCUAUCUUAUUCUUUUACUGGAUUAUUUAUUGAUUUGCUUGGAUCUGCAGUGAGAGUUUGGGAAUGUAACCUAAAUGUCUUGCAUUCUAUACACUGGAUACAUAGUUAUUGGGAUGAACAGUGUAAUUUUACUGUAAAGUCACAUGUAUUAUCCCUCCUUUGCCGUGUCUAUAAUGCUUUCAGGGUCUAAAACGUGUGGUGGCGGGAUGAUAACUGUCCUUUCCUUUUCAUACGCCAUGUAAAUAAGUGUCAUAAUAGUAUAGCCGCAGUAUCUUUGCUAUUUCAGAUUGUAAAAGGUCACAUAUUCAUUGUCAUUUGUCCAAACAAAUGUUAUAUAGUAGGGAAGGAUUUCCUACGGCCUCAUCCCUGGGUGGAUCUCGUGUGAGAGGAAGGUGGGGGGUUGCGAUCAUCAUUUUGCUAUUUAGUCUACAUAGCGACUGGCGCUCUGGUCAAAGUUGGAAUUGCCACAAAACACAUUUUAAGAUAUUUACCACUCUACUGCCGUCUGCCGGCUAAAGUGUGUAGUGCGCCCCUCCCCCCAAUUUGUCACGUUUCAUGUGUCAGGUAAAUUGCGACAAAUGGGGCCAAAUUAAUCCCCUUCCUAUUGUACAAAAUAAUGUACAACAGAGUAAAGUACAUAUUUUGCUUAAAGUAUACAUUUAGAUUUUUUACAAAAAUAUUUAUGAUUGUAUUUAUUUUAUCAAUGUUCAUUUAUUCUGUUAAGUGCAACAUUUAUUUGACGAUGGAGCCAAAUAAACGAAGAGGCUCUCAAACUAACUGACAAUGCUUUUCAUUCUGUACACCAAGGCUGGCUUGCACUACUGCUGUAUAUAAGAUGUGUACUGCAGACUACAUCUUGCUAUUGGCCAACAUAGCCAUUGGUGAGCAAGAGAAGGCUAUUUAGUUCCUAAUGUUCAACUCCAUGGUGCAUCAUAUCUGUCAAUGCAAUGGUUGCUACCAUGAUGCACAAUAUAACACAUUAUUGUUGUCCAACAGGUUAUUUUCUGAUGGAUGUUGUAAUUUGUGAACAUGGGCAUUUUUUUAAUGUUGAUGUUUUAACAAAAGGAGGCAAGCGAAUGCAUCAAAGGCAUGUUAAUAUUGUACAAGAUCUGUAAUAAAAUUAAUCCUAUAGCCUUGUUUUCUCAGA